UCUCUAGCGCUGGAGCCAGCAUCCCCUCCAUCAGCGGCAUUGGAGCUGGAGCAAGGGCCAACAUCGGCUCCAGCAGGAGUGGGAGCUGCUGAGCUGGAGUCACCUGGACCAUCAUUUCUAGUGGGAAGUCCAUCUCCAUUUGUGGCUGUUAAGGAGCGUGAGAAGAAGCCUAACCUCACGGCCUUCCCUCCUAAGCUGGUGGUGGAGCAGUUGACCGUGAUGGAUGCGGAGCUCUUCCAGAAGGUGGUGCCCUCUCAGUGCCUGGGCUCCACCUGGGGCAAGAGGAACAAGCCCGGCCAUGAGCACCUGGCACCCACCGUCCGGGCCACUCUCGACCACUUCAGAAGGGUAGCCAGCCUCGUCAUCACCACCUACCUUGGGGACCCGAGCAUGAUGGCCCAGGACAGGGAGUGGGAGAGCCUGAAGAACUCCUCUCUCUGCACUGUCAUCUCUGUUCUGCAGAAAACAUCCAUAUGCCACCUGAAGAACACAUGGGGGAAGUUUCCUGGGAGAGCUCUGAAAAACUUAAGGAGCGCUAUAGCCAAGACGAGUCUUUGAGCAGAGAACUGAUGACCAAGGUUAACAAGCAGAGGGAUCUGUUCUGCCCAUGGGCAGGUGGGGUGCCAUUUUUGGGUAGGAGGCCUUGGUCAUGGGACACAGUGGUGUUGGCUGGGCUGUUCCAGGAGGAGUUGCUGAGCUGGCGCCAUCAGCAGGUCUCUGGCUUCCAUGCACAUCCAUCCUGCUGGAUGUAGCUUUUU